AAAGAAUCGUUAUGACUAUUCAGGCUCGAAGUUCAAAAAAAAGAAAGCAACAUGGUCAAGACGAGUCAGCCGAUACCUUCAAUGAAGCUGUCAACCUAGAGAUGCUCAGCGAUGAAGAGGACAGGGAGGACGUUGAGUCGGACAACGGAGAGGUGGACGAGUUUCCCGAGAUAGAUGCUGGUAGCGACGAAAGCGGCGAAGAGGACGAGACUUAUGAGAGCGAAGAAGAUACCGGGGCUAGUGAAGAAGGAAGCAGCAGCAGCUCGCAUGAACAGCUGCACAUUUUUCCAGAAGCGAAGACUAUCGUCUCAGACAUAACUGGUCAAGAAAAACGCGUAUAUCCUGAAAUAGAGCCAGAUUAUGAUUCUGAUUCCUCAACUGAAGAUACGCCAAAUCGAGUGGGGGACAUCCCGAUGCAUUGGUAUGAUGACUUACCUCACGUUGGCUACGAUAUGGAUGGCAAAAGAGUCCUAAAACCCGCUCGUGGUGAUGAGCUGGACCGUUUUCUUAAGACCGUCGAGGAUCCGAACUCUUGGACCUCUGCAUUCGACAAAAAGGCCCAGGCCGACAAACCUCUCACAGCUGAGGAGCUUGACAUUAUCCGCAGAUUAUAUGCGAACGAAAAUCCCGAUGCUAAUUAUGACCCGUACGAACCACUGACUGAAUGGUUCACUGGUCCAGGGAAAGAGGAAAUUAUGCCUCUCACAGCUGCCCCUGAACCGAAAAGACGUUGGAUUCCCAGUAAAUGGGAGCAUAAAAAGGUGAUGAAAAUCGUCCGUGCAAUCAGACAGGGUCGAAUAUUGCCAAAUAGAACCAAAAACACAUCUCAGCCACUAUUCUACUCUAUAUGGGGUGAUAGUUCCUCUUCAAAUGCUCCCCCACUGCCUGCUCCAAAACCGUCAUUGCCUACCAACUCCGAAUCAUACAAUCCACCUGAGGAGUAUCUUCCAACAGAAGAGGACAAGAGGCAAUGGGAAGAGACAGAUCCAGAGGAUCGCGAGCAUGAUUAUCUUCCACAGAAAUAUUCUGCGCUGCGACUUGUUCCAGGAUACGAGCGUUUCAUUAAAGAUCGCUUUAACCGCCAACUUGAUCUGUACAUGGCGCCUCGCGUCCAACGGGUCAAGUUGAACAUAGAUCCCAACUCCUUGAUACCCAAACUUCCAAGCCCUAGUAGCUUGAAGCCUUUCCCAACGUACAAAUCUCUUCAAGUUGUGCACACACACAUUGCACGAUGUAUCAGUGUCAGUCCAGAUGGUGCUUGGGUUGUUAGCGGGGACGAGGGCGGGGUUGUCAGGUUGUGGGAGGUGAAUGUAGGACGAGAGGUCAGGAAAUGGAAAUUCGACGGAAAGAUAGGAUCCAUUGAAUGGUGCCCCAGAACAGAUGUCAGCUACUUCGUUGUCGGCACCGAUGACAUGCUGCACUUCCUCAUUCCACCCAACUUACCAGCCUCCAUCCUGCAGCUCACUCAGAGUACUUUGGCCCCGAGUACAUUACCUCCUCCCCCUGAAACGCCAUCACCUGUGAAGUGGUCAACUCCCUCCAGCAACACAUGGACAGACGAGACUGCUGUCCUAACCAUUCAUCUACCUCCUUCAUCUGGUCUUCCGACCCAGAUCACUUGGCACCGCCGAGGAGAUUAUCUGGCUUCUGUUUCUAUCGGUGGUAGUCAAGGAGCUGUUUGGAUUCAUCAGGUGUCUCGGAGACAUUCUCAAGCUCCGUUCAAGAAGGUGAGAGGGAAGGUACAGCUAGUUCUCUUCCAUCCCAUGAAGCCUUGCUUCUUUGUCGCCACCCAACAAUAUGUCAGGAUGUACAACCUAUCUGAGCAGAAGUUAUUAAAAACACUUCAGCCUGGAAUCAAAUGGAUUUCUUCAAUGGAUGUUCAUCCGUCAGGAGAUCACCUCAUUGUCGGAGGCUACGACAGGAAAUUAUGCUGGUUUGACUUAGAGCUCAGUGACAAGCCGUAUAAAGUCCUUCGUUACCAUACAAGGGCUAUCCGCUCCCUGCACUUUCAUCCAACAUACCCGCUAUUCGCGUCGUCUUCGGAUGACGGGGCCAUCCAGAUUUUCCAUUCUAGAGUGUAUAAUGAUUUAAUGACGGACCCCCUCAUAGUUCCCCUGAAAAUUCUUCGUGGGCAUGAGAUUACGAAAGGUCUAGGUGUUCUUCAAGUUAAGUGGUGCAGUCGGCAUCCUUGGCUUGUUAGUGGAGGUGCGGACGGUGCUGUCAACGUAUGGUGUAGUUAAUUUCUUUGUAUGCAUGUUGAGCUUGCUAUCUUUGCGAUAUCUCCUGAUACACAUAUCUCCGUUGGAAAAUACGAUUCACGCUCCACGCCGGUCGAG